UAUAUGGCUCAUCUUUGGAUUGAGUGAAGAUAAUUCCUCAGCGUCAGGUGCGUCUGCAGCGGGAGACCAGUGGAGGUUUGGAAACUUGCGUGGCGCAGGAGACUGUGUCUCUUUUCUCAUCGGCGCUGUCACACACAGAGAAAGAGGGAGGGAGCCAUGGUGAACUCCCUCAUGCUGGCGUUCAGCUUGACUGUGAUUUUUGAGGUGGCGAGAGCUCAGAAUGACACGGAGCCGAUCGUCCUGGAGGGAAAAUGCCUCGUGGUCUGCGACUCAAACCCGGCCACGGACUGGAAGGCUUCGUCCUCUCCGCUUGGCAUCUCGGUGCGCGCAGCCAACUCCAAGGUGGCUUUCUCUGCAGUCCGGAGCAACAACCACGAGCCCUCGGAGAUGAGCAACAAAACAAGAAUAAUAUACUUCGACCAGAUUCUUGUGAAUAUAGGAAACUACUUCACAUUUGAAUCAGUAUUUUUGUCCCCAAGAAAAGGAAUCUACAGUUUUAACUUCCAUGUCAUAAAAGUGUACCAGAGUCAAACCAUACAGGUGAAUCUAAUGUUGAACGGGAAACCAGUCAUCUCUGCCUUUGCAGGUGACAAAGACGUAACUCGAGAGGCAGCCACCAACGGAGUUCUGCUUUAUCUGGAGAAGGAGGAUAAAGUUUACUUAAAGCUAGAGAAGGGCAACCUCGUCGGUGGAUGGCAGUACUCGACGUUUUCUGGCUUUCUUGUGUUCCCCCUGUAAAAGACAGACGAUUGUAAGCUGACUGACUUGUUCAUAAUGUGUUGUCGCUGUAUAAUCAAAACAUUACCCGCUGCAUCGAUUGGCUCUCGUCAAAUGGGUGAAAAAACGAGAGACGGAAAUGGAUAACAUCAGAGAGAGGAAAUAAGACUUUGGAAAAUCACUGACAGUCUCUGAAGUGCUGAGUCCUGGUCCAGAUGAAAGAGACUUGGAAUGUUCCCUAUCCCUGCUCUACACUCCUGUCACUCACAGAGCCUCUGAGACGAACAUCUCAUAACAUGCCUAAUGUACUUUUCAAACUUGUUGGAAUAUGUUUAGCAUACUGAUUUCCGUCACGACAACAGUUUCUCGCUAUACAUCUGCCUUUUCAGUGUAAAUUGUAUAUACCUGAGUUUAAUGUGCUACAGUGAUCAGGAUGUUGGGGGACGGAAAAUAAGUGCGGACAAAGCCUGUGAAGGAAAAAAAUGGAAGCCAUAAAAGAGAGCUGAGACUGGAGUGGUGUAGGUCACAUUAUGUUUGUGGGAGUAGCUGGGUGUAGCUAAUGGUGAAUGGGCCUACAUACAUACAUACACACAGUACAUCAAACAGCUGCAGUGAGACAUCAAAUAGACACAAAGAAAUGCAAGAGAACUACAAAGGGAACAAAAUGGCUACAAAGAGACACCAAAUGACUGCAAAGAGACAGAAACCUACCACAAAGUGAUGCAAAGACAGACUCUACGACUACAAAGAGAUGCCAAAUGACUUGAGAGACACGCAAACAACCUAGUUAUUUGUACUAAGAUGCCAAACAACCACAAAGAGAAACUAAAUUACUUUUUUUUUAUUAUUAUCUUUUUUUUAAGUCUGCAAUGUUUGCUUCAACAGUGGAAGGUUGGGAAGCGUUGUACAUGUCUGUGUUGAGGGCUCAUUUUAAUUCAGGGGCCACAUUUUGGCACAAUUUGAUCUCAAGUGGGCCGGACCAGUAAAAUAAUGACAUAAUAACCUAUAAACAACAAGGACUACAAAUUUUUCCCUUAGUUUUGCAUCUUUUUACAAAACAUAUUAUGAAGUUUUACGAGAAAAAUAAAUGCUAUUUUCAACAAUUAUGCCUAAGUUUACUAUGGACACAUUUGCAUUACAACUUACAGAUCACAGUGGAUCUACAAAGGCACAAAACAUUUAGCCACAUGUAUCUGAAACUAAAAAAAUUAGCAUUUCGGACAUUUUCACAAAUUCAAAUUCACAUUUAACACCCCUGGUUUAUGGGCUCAUUGUGUCGGAAUUGAUCAUAUUUACAUGUUUCUUUGUCUCUUUAAAGUUACAUUAAUAUUCCACCAUUUUAUUUUUCCCACUAAGCUCAAUUGUUUAGCAUCUUUCAGCUCCUAGUCUUGUUUUUUUGGUCUGCGUCCUUGCUGUCAGUGUUUUUGUUUAAUUUUUUUUGAGUCACACAGCGUUAGUGUGUUAUUGAUUUGCUGGCAAAUACAGGAAAUGUGUUUGUCGCUGAAGAGUAAUGUGCGGGUGGAGACCAAAAACAGAGGUAAAACGUCAUGUGAUUGUUCGAUUUACAUCUGUUGCCUGGAAACACGAGUACAAAUGAAUUAUAUAUUAUAAAUAUAAAUAUUGUUAUGUGUGGGCUGGAUGUGUAAAUACAGAUAAAUAAUAGCCAACACAUUUGCCACAUUAAAGGAGCUGUAUGUAAGUCAUAAAAUGGCAGCGAUCAUGCUAAAUUUAAAUACCGGCUUCACUGAUAACAGCGGCAGAGCCAGAUGAUUCACAGUUUCAUUUAUAGCCUGCAAAUAAUACUUAAUACUUAUGUUGUGGAAAAAGAGCAGAUCUGUCUUUUUGCCGGACUAUUUCCUCAAACUACUUGGCAACCUUGUGUCCCUCGGGCGGUGGACAAUGCUUUCCAAUAUGUUUUCAUUUGGAUUGCAGUACCUGUUUUAAACUGUAGUUACAUGUCUUACAUAUAGCCCCUUUAACUUCAAAAAAUCCAAAAAAAAAUCUUAAAUACAAUAUGUUUCAGUGUUAUUUUAACAACAUGUCAUUGCUGCUCCCAAGUGGCCAAAAAAAAUCAGUGAUUUUAGGUGUAAGAUUAGAGAAAAAAUAACUGUUUUGGUCAAAUGUUAAUAAAAUAAAUCAUGUUUGAAGUCACUGUUGCCUUUGUCAAUAUUUAACAGACUAUGAUCCUUUCUUGACCGUGUGCCUAGACAUAACGAUAAAAACAUUUAUAAUGCCCUACACUGGCUGUUUUAAUGAAAGAGCAGAUAUUAUGGGUAAAACAAAUACAAUAUGUUGUCACUGGAUCACGUAGUUCAUUUGAAUGACAUUGCAUUUCUCUUGAAACGUACAUCUGCUGUUGAAAAUGUGUGUUAUAUAUAGAUGUCAUUUCAACCUGUGUAUUUUAUAAUAAAUCUUGCCAAGACA